AUGUCUUCUCUCAAAUCUCCUCGGACGAAGAUAAAGAAGGGCAAAGUGUUGGUGCCGAAAUGGAAACUAUUCAGGGCGAAGGAGCCGAUGCUAUCGGUUUUUAUGUGGGGUAUCAACCACUCGAUUGGCGAGUUGAUGCAUGUGCCGCCGCCCAAACUGCUGAUGCCUGAUGACUUCAAGGCAUACGCCAAAAUCAAAGUGGAUAAUCAUGCGUUCAACAAGGACAUCAUGCCAUCUCAUUUCAAGGUCAAAGAAUACUGCCCUAACGUGUUCCGCCAUCUUCGUGAACAAUUCUGUGUCGAUCAGAACGAAUAUCUGCGCUCACUCACCUCUUUUGAGCCGGAACCUGACCUCGACCUCGCUGAUGGCGGUAGCUGCCGCUUUUUUGUUUCGUAUGAUAAGCGUUUUGUCAUUAAGUCGAUGGAUUCUGAGGCCGUAGCCGAACUGCACUCUAUCAUGAAAGACUAUCACGAAUACGUUGUUGAAAAACACGGCAAGACUCUCCUCCCGCAGUACCUCGGCCUUUAUCGUCUUACGGUUGAUGGGAACGAAACCUACCUGGUUGUGAUGAGGAACGUUUUUGGGCGUAAAUACAAUGUUCACACCAAGUACGACCUCAAGGGAUCAACCAUUUCUCGUGCCGCCUCAUCGAAAGAGAAAGCUAAGGAGCUUCCAACUUAUAAAGACAACGACUUCCUGGAGGCGAAUAUCAAGCUGAGCAUUCCGGAGGAUUUGCGUCAUCAGUUCUUGAACAUGCUGGAAACGGACACCGCCUGGCUAGCCAAGCAACAUUUGAUGGAUUACUCUCUACUGCUCGGCAUUCAUGAUGUUGAUAAGGCCGCGAUCGAGGGAAAAGCUACGGCUGAAUAUAGUGAGGAGAGUUCUGACGAGCUUGUGCCAACCCCGCCGGACUCUCCGAUCCCCUCGACUGGCGCAUUCCCUGCACAAGAAGGAGGCCCCGAACUUGACGACGAGUAUUAUGCGAUCGCUACUGCUCCGGAAUGUAAUGUCCGUUUGAUCUAUUUCAUCGGGCUGGUGGACAUACUGACGUACUACGGAGUGAAGAAGCGUACGGCAACCGCUGCCAAGACCGUCAAAUACGGUAGCGAUGCUGAAAACAUAAGCACCGUCAAGCCAGAUCAGUACGCCCGUCGGCUAUGCGAAUUCGUCACGAAGGCCCUUUCGCCC